AUGACAAGAGUUGAAUGUAAAUCCAACAAUGUUUUCGUGUACUCGACGGACAACCAGCUCAUCGGCUACGGCGGUAUCUCCCGUACGAGUCCGCUGUCAAACUUUUAUAAGACCAGCUUCAUGUACGGUGGCCACCAAUACACGUACGCCGAGUGUGCAAUUAUGUAUGAGAAGGCCGUUACGUUUAACGACACGAAGACAGCCGAACUGAUCCUCAAGUGUACACAACCGGCGGCCGCCAAACGACUCGGUCGUCGGAUAAAACCUUUUGACCCGAAAACUUGGAUUGAAGUGCGCAACGAAAAAGUACCGAAAAUACUAUACGAAAAAUUUACGCAAAAUGCAGAGCUCAAGGAGUGGCUAAUAUCUACUGGAAGUGCUGUCUUAGCCGAGAUUUCUACGGAAAAUAAAGACGGAAGCAUGAGAUAUAGCGAUAAGGUUUGGGGUAUAGGUAUCGGACCGUCGCAUAAGGAUAUUGACAAACCCAUGCAAUGGCAUAAAUACGGCAACAACUUCUUGGGCAAGACAUUGAUGAAAGUAAGACAAAUGAUUGUCGACGAUGUGACAGAUUAA